AUGUUGGGUCGACAACGGGAUGCUGAUCAAUUUGUUGAGCAAUAUCAGCAGGAAGAGGUGGCCAUGGAGAAUAACCUUACUAAAAUGAUCGAAAGGAUUAUGGCUAGAAACAGAAUGAACACUCCACUACAAAGGCCGACAUAUUCUUCCCCGUUAGUUGAAUACAUUGUACAGACAGAGAAUACUAGGGGCUGGAAAAUACCUAAGUACACCAAGUUCGGAGGAGAAACUGGAGAAUCGACAGUCGAGCAUAUUGCCAGAUUUCUGACUGUAUCAGGAGACUUGGCGAAUAACGAAAGUCAUAGAGUUAAGCAUUUCCCAUCAUCUCUUACAAAGGCAGCGUUAACCUGGUUCACCACAUUACCCCCAAACUCGGUCGACUCAUGGCCAAAAUUGGAAAAACUUUUUCAUGAGCAGAUUUAUGAGGGCCAUUCGAAAAUCAUUCUGGUCGAAUUGUCGAGCAUCAAAAGGAGGUUCGUAGGGACCAUCGACGACUAUCUAAAUAGGUUUAGGUCACUUAAAGCAAAAUGUUUCACGCAGGUACCCGAACAUGAACUGGUUCAGAUGGCUGCAGGAGGUUUAGAUUAUUCUAUUAGGAAGAAAAUAGACCCAACUUUUGUCAAAAGUAUGUCACAGUUAGCUGAUAGGGUUCGACACCUUGAACGUUUACGAUAG